AUGGACAAGAUUGGAAUGACCCUCUCUGCAGGGAUCUGGGGCUAUGUCCUUCAGUCCGUAUCUUCAAAAUCAAAAGUCCUGCUCUCAUUGGGCCUUCUCGUCAAUAUCCUCGCCAGUGCAGUCUUUGCCAUGACAACGAAUCGCUACGUCCUGUACUCAACGAAGCUGUUGAUUGGAAUGUCUGAAGGGCUGCAAUGGGUGUGGGCCCCACUUUGGGUGGUCAAAUGGGCAGAUGAGACAUCCUUGCCACUUUGGAUCAACCUCUCUGGCUGUGUCGCAGCCGGUGUUGGUUCCGGCCUAGGCAUGCUCGUCGCUGGGUUCGGCACAGCCCAUGGCCUACCUUGCGCAGUGCCUUUUCAGAUAGAGGCGGCAGUCCUCUUCCUACUGUUUCUUCUCAUGAUGCUCACGCCCGGCGCGCAGCUCGCCAGCAGCAGUGCUGGCACACGCGAUGGAGUGAAGCAAGAUGUGCUGCAGUUUGAGGCCGGCGAAUGGCGGGCGGGACUACCCGACAAGUUGCGACUCCCACCCCGCAGAGGACGGCCCACGGAGCGCAAUGCCUCCGUCAGCCCGCGGCUGUGUGGGAGCCGGGGCAGGCUGGCUUCGUCCACGGUGGGCGCCGCGGCAUGGGACGACGCCGCCCUCUUUCAAACGGCGCAAGCCGUGGCGGCCUUUCAGGCCGAGAGUGAUGGCGAGGUCACCGUGCUGCCAGGAGAGCCGGUGACAGUGCUCCGCCACCCCGACGCAGACGAGGAUUGGGUCUUCGUUUGCGUACGCGGGCUGCGAGGCUGGUGUGCCCGCGAGAUAGAGCACAAGGACUGA